CGAGUGAGAACUGAAAAACUCCAUUAUCGCGAUCUCCCUGAGAAUUUUGUGCGGAAAGAUGACGGCGGAUGCUGAAGGUGGAGCUCCAGAGGUAACUCUGGAGACAUCAAUGGGUCCUUUCACUGUUGAGUUAUACUACAAGCACGCACCAAGAACUUGCAGGAACUUUCUUGAAUUAUCUCGUCGAGGUUAUUAUGAAAACGUUAAAUUUCACCGCAUUAUUAAGGAUUUUAUAGUGCAAGGUGGGGAUCCAACAGGAACUGGAAGAGGUGGAAAAUCCAUUUAUGGUGAUAAGUUUGAGGAUGAGAUAAACCCCGAGUUAAAGCACACUGGAGCUGGGAUCUUAUCUAUGGCAAAUGCUGGUCCAAAUACUAAUGGAAGCCAAUUUUUCAUCACUUUGUCGCCGACUCCAUCUCUAGAUGGAAAGCACACCAUUUUUGGAAGAGUAUGCAGGGGAAUGGAAAUAAUCAAGAGACUCGGUAGUGUCCAAACUGACAAUAAUGAUAGGCCUAUCCAUGAUGUGAAGAUACUGCGGGCAUCUGUCAAAGAUUAGCACUACAUGGCAAUUAUGAAGGCAGAUGAUCUGUUUCCAGUAUCAGAAGCCUGCAGCAACUGGUUCUUUUCAGUACUUUUUGUAUCGAUAAAAAAAUAUGAUGAAACGUAGCAAUUGGAUUGCCUACAUUAGCAGAAGAAAAACAAUGAUGAAAGAAAGCUGGCAAUCAGAAUGUGAUGAAAUGUAGGUCCUGAAGUACCUUUUAUUUUCCUUCUGUUUACUUGCCCCUUCUAACACUGUCUGCUGCCAUUUUUCUGCAAAACUAAUGAUGUUAAGUUUACAACGAUGUACCAUUUUAUAAGCUUUAGCAAAGUCUGUUAUUUUUUGAAGUAUUAAUGAAGGAUGUUGUUUCAGGCA